AUGCUGAAGAAGGCUCUCGCCGCGUCCGGCGGCCUCGGAAUCAUCGGGGCGGGGGGGGUGUACCUGCUGAAGGUGAACUUUCACAAGAAUAUGAUUGACGGGGAUGUGGUAUACAAGUACAGCCCCGUGAGUAGCCGCAACGAGAUGAUUAGCCGGCUGAAGAAAAAUCAGUACGACGUGCUAAUCAUCGGGGGAGGGGCCACUGGCGGCGGAUUAGCCCUGGAUUGCGCCACGAGGGGAAUAAAGUGUGCCUUAAUAGACAAGGGGGACUUUUCAAGUGGCACGUCCUCUAAAUCGACGAAGCUUCUACAUGGAGGGAUACGCUAUCUAGAAAAUGCGGUAAAAAAUUUUGACCCCACAGAGUUAUAUUUCGUAUGGGAGGCAUUAGGAGAAAGAGCUCAUGCGAUGAAGAUCGCUCCAUUCAUGUCCAGGUCAGUACCGAUUAUUAUGCCUAUUUAUCAGUAUUGGCAGGUCCCCUACUUCGCAUACAACAUAAAGAUAUACGAUCUGUUGGCCGAUUUGGUAUGCUACUUCGAUAAAGGGGUGCCUAACUCAAAUUACAUCCGGCACUCAAACACGGUGGAUGGUUUUCCCCUGCUUAAGAAGGAACAACUGAAAGGGUCGCUAGUCUAUUAUGACGGGCAGCAUAAUGACAGCCGGAUGAAUCUGAACCUCAUUCUGACGAGCGCGAUGGAGAAUUAUGUCCCCGGACAAGUGGGAGCCACUGUGUGCAAUCAUAUGGAAGUGAUGGGCUUCAUAAAGGAUGAUGAUGGGAAGAAAAUCGUCGGAGUGAGGGCAUUAGACCGAAUUAGCAAUAAGGAAAUCGAGAUAUUCGCCAAUGUCAUCGUGAACGCUACAGGACCACAUGGCGAUGUGGUGAGAAAACUGGCCGAUGAAAAUGUCACUCCAGUUAUACAGACCUCCUCAGGAUGUCAUUUCAUCCUCCCCAAAUGGUAUUCCUCCAAAAAUAAUGGAAUCAUCAUACCUAAGACAAGUGAUGGGAGAGUCCUUUUUCUCUUGCCUUGGGAAAAUGCUACCAUCGUUGGGACGACUGAUGAGCAGAGACAGCUGCAAGAGAACCCACAGAUUCAGAAAAAAGACGCAGACUUCUUGGCUAGCGAAUUGGCUAAAUAUAUCAACGUAGAUGCUGAGGAAAUUAAGAAGGACAUCAAAGCUGCUUGGUGUGGCUUCAGACCGUUAGUCAUGGACACCAAGAAGAAGAAGAAGACGGUCAGUAAGAAGGGAACUCAGAAAAGUGAAGCCAAAGAAGACCACCACACCACCACCGAAACGGUCGCGACACACAAAAUCUCGAGGAGCCAUGAGAUUAUAGAAGAUGAGAAUGGGCUUAUUAGCAUUUUAGGAGGCAAGUGGACGAUAUAUAGGAAGAUGGCCCAGGAUACUCUGGACUACAUAGCGAAGAAACACUCCAAUAAGAUUAAGAGCAAGUAUAAAUGCAGGACGAAGUUUCUCAUGCUUGUUGGUAGUCAUGACGAACAAGGAAAACACGACGUGGACGAUUUAACCUAUGGCAGUAGUAAGCUGAGCAAGAAGCUGGUCCAGAAAUACAGCCAAAUAGAUUACGACACUGCUCAUCAUCUGGUGUCUAACUAUGGCUACCUCGCAGAGAAGGUCUGCGAACUCGCUACGGAGCUGAAUCUGUUUAGCAAAAUUGAUCCAUCCAAACCAUACAUCGAAGCGGAAGUGGUCUAUGCCAGCAGAUACGAAUUCGCCUCCACCAUUUCCGAUAUCAUUGGGAGACGAUUCCGACUGGGGUUCGUCGACUCCGCCAUGUCGGGGAAAGUCAUCUCCAAAAUUGCCAGCCUCAUGAAGCACGAGUUGGGUUGGAGCCGCGACCAAAUGAACAGCAACAUCGAGGACGCCAAGAUCUACGUCCGAUCGCUCUCCCUCGAGUGA